AUGCAACGAGAUAUUGUCACACAUUUCUCUCGAUUUGCAAAACCUAUUCAAAAACAUUUUCAUGAAUCUAUCAUGAUUAUUAAUAGUAUUCUUUGGUGGAAUAUUGAUUUCGAUAAAUCAUAUGUUCUCUUUUAUUCGAAAAGAGAGCAAAAAGAAAAAUUCGAUACUUUAGAGCAUUCUAAAAUUAUUUCUUAUUAUGAUUUUUUUAAAUGUAAAUGUGGUACUCGACCAUAUCUUGGAGAUGAUUUAAAACAAGAAUUCUAUCCUCAUCUUUGGCAGUAUGAUCCUCGACAUAAAGAUGCUAAAUGUCCUUUUAGAAGUUGUUGUGAAUAUUUUAAAUUAUUACAAUCAGUUGAUAAAACUUUACCAAAGAAAGAACGAUUAGUAAAUCUUAAUCAAAAAGGAUCUUUAAUGAGAAUAAAGAAAAUGUUUCGAGAAAGAAAACUUGAUUAUGAAAUUUAUUUUUGGAUUAAAAGUUUUAAAGAAACUGGAUCUACAAUCUAUAAAGAUGAGCAAAAACUUUUACGAGAAUUUAAAUUGAAUAUCUUUAAACGAAAGAAGAAAAAGUUGUUGAAAAAGAAAGAAGAAUUACUUAAUAAACAAGUUCUAAAGGUUAUUAAAGAAUGA